UCACUGCCUCAGUGCCUCUCUUCUAGUUGUACUACCUCUCAUAAUUCACUUUCUUCCACCUCUCUUCUUCAAUUCUAAGUUUAUUUUCAUGGAAACCCCCAAUUCCACUCCUAUAGAUUGAAUCAUUUUUGGUCCACUUCAGUUUUUGCUGUAAAAUCUAUCUGACACAUGGCAGCUUAUGCCGCUUCAGUGUCUUCAUGGAUCCCUGAAGAUGACAUCCUGUUAAAGAACGCUGUGGAGGCAGGUGCUUCUCUGGAAGCACUUGCUAAAGGCGCAGUGAGAUUUUCCCGCAAGUUUUCCAUAGCAGAAUUGCAACAUCGGUGGCAUUCUCUCCUCUAUGACCCUGUUAUUGCAGCAGAAGCUGCUGCUCAUAUGGCAGAGUUUGAAUUUUCUGCUGCUAAUAAUCAAGCAAAGUCACUUAGGUCUGGUGCUGCUGGGGACCAUUCAGGAGCUCCUCCAAAAAGGAAAGCCGAGAGUGUUCGAAGACUGUAUUAUGCCUUGCGGAAAAGAACUUGUAUCCAGUAUUUGAACUCUCCUAAACUUGGUUUUUUGGCUUCACCAAAGAUGAGUGAUGGUAUUGGAGAUGGUACUGCUUAUCAAGAGCAUGCAAGCUUUCAUUAUGAUACUCCAGUUGAAAGUUCCAUGCUUGGAGAUUCUGUCCAGAACUGUUUUGAGUUACAGGAAAUGGAUAUAGAUUACUUGCAUCACGGACCACAAGAUAAUAAUUUCAUUAAAGAUUCGGUAGGGCAUCCCAUUUAUGAGCAGGAAAAUGUGCAUGAAGAUUCAGCACAUAAUCUGGGAGAGAGAUUGAUUGGCUUUGAAAAUUGCCCAGUUGUUGAGGGAAUGAAACCCUCAGAUGCAUUGCUAGAAAAUGAUGCUCCUUUUCAUGUAUUGGGAUAUUCAUCUCCACAGACUAGGACACCUCUCUGGAAAACAAUGGAGUUUAUUCCACCACCUGCAAUGCCUAUCAAUAUGAGCCAUGGAGGUGAAGGUCAGAGUUCAGUAGAGACAUAUAUACUUCCAGAUGACAUGAAUGAGAGGAGAAUAGUUUUACCUACCAACCCAGAAUUUGAUUUAGUGGAUCUUUCAGACUCUCUUUUAAACUUUGGGAAUGAAGAGGAGCUUCAUUUCAUUGAUGCGGACGAGAAAAACUCAAUUGAUAAGUCUUGCCAUGAUAACUUUAAUCCAAUAGUAUUGAGUUCUCCUCAUGACAUCCAUAGAGAUGAUGUACCUGAUGUUAAAGAACCUCAUACAUGCCUUGCGAUGCCUGAUGGUUCAAAUCUUGCAGAAUUGGGGGUUAUUGCUGAACAAUCAAGUAUGAGUCAUGGCAAUCAACAUAAUAUUUUUUGUUCAGAAGUCAAUGUACCAUCAUCUAUGUCAAGACCCAAUCCCCCAUCUCAUGACCUGCUGGAUGGGGAGAUAUUCUGCACAUUGAACAGUGAGGACACAGAAAUUCCUUGCAAUGAUGAUUUUAUCCCAAGUAAAGUAGUCGCUUCUUUGGCUCCACAAACAAGUUAUAAAGGGGCAAGUGAACUGGCUUCCUCGUUUGAUGCUCAUAAGGAUCGUGAACAAAAGCUAGGAAGAAUGAAGAAAGACAACAGUUCUACACAAUAUUUUACUGCUUCCCGCACAAGAGUAUCAGACAUGUUUCCACAACCCAAGCACAACCCUCGACUUUGUAGUACAGGAGUCAAAUCCAAGUCUACUGAUGUUGACAGUCUUAAUAGUAUCUCCAAACAGGCUAACAAUGCUCAUGAAGAUCUUAUCCAAUACAGAUCAGCACUUUCAGCCCAAACAUCUCUUACCCAUGCAAGACUGAAGGAAAAGUCGCUACAUGCAAGUUCUGCUUCAGAUGUGUUGUUACAUGCAAAAUCUAGUUCCAGUAGAAACAAUAUUCCUGAACGAGAAGCAAACCCCUCCACCUUAGAUCCAGAAGCCAGGCUGGAUGAAGAAGAAUAUGAGAGUGAUGAUCACAUUCCAGACUUUUCUGAUAUUGAAUCAAUGAUACUUGAUUUGGAUUUGUGUCCAGAAAAUCUUGAUACAUGUUAUAGUACAGAAGUGUCAAGGUAUCAACAUGACGAUACUAAGAGGACAAUCAUUAGAUUGGAGCAAUGUGCUCAAUCUUGUGUGCAAAGAGCAAUUGGAUACCAAGGGGCACUUGCCCUCCUGUACGGACGCCAUUUGAAGCAGUAUAUUAAGGAAACUGAGGUCAUACUUGGCAGGGCAACAGAUGAUGUUGAUGUCGAUAUUGACUUGGGAAGAGAAGGACGUGCCAACAAAAUAUCUAGACGACAGGCACUGAUAAAGAUGGAAGAAGAUGGCUCCUUCAUUUUGAGAAAUCUUGGUCGGAGUUCUAUAUUUUUGAAUGGCAAAGAAAUUACUACUGGCCAGGGUUUCGGUCUAAGUCCAAGUACUUUGAUUCAGAUCACAGAAUUGUCAUUCAUGUUUGAAAUAAAUCAAGAAAAUGUAAGGCGAUAUCUGGCUGCCGUCACGAGAAGAAACCAAGAAAAGAAUGCCAAUUUUGAAUGGUCUAAAGAUAGGGUUCCAUGAUUUGUGAAAGGCAGAAUUAGUGGGUUGCAUUUCUUAGUAGUAGUUUCUCUAAAAUACUAAUUGGACUCUUGGUAGAAUUAACAGAUAUGGUAGGGACAUGGCAUCUGUGUGUAGGUCAAUUGGUGUAUAGAAUUGUAGAAGGCACUUGAUGCUAUAAUAUUAAAGAAGGAAUGUAAAGAUGUUUGUAUCUAUUGUGCAGGUUUAUGGCUCCCCUUAAAAAAUAUAGAAAAGAAUAGUGAGGGAGAUAAUAUAUAGCUUAUAGCUUAUUAUGAAUCGUUUUUUCUUUUA